GAGGUGUCACAAUCAAGAAAGAGUUUCCUUGAAUGUGCCAAGAUUGAAGAUUUCGUGCAGAAAUAAUGUUAAUCCACCAAAAACCAUCAUCUUUUUUGCUCAUUUUCUUCCUUUUCAACUACUUUCAGUUACUGGUUUGAGUGAUUCGAUUUGGGUAUUUACCCACUUGAGCUAUUUCUUGUAUUUCAUCAUCAAUGGCGGAAAUGGUUGGCCCCAGAUUGUACAGUUGCUGUAAUUGUCGAAAUCAUGUCGCCCUUCACGAUGAUGUAAUCUCUAAAGCAUUUCAGGGGAGAAAUGGUAGAGCAUUUUUGUUCUCCCAUGCAAUGAACGUCUCCAUAGGUCCGAAAGAAAACAGACACCUCAUGACUGGUCUGCACGUAGUUGCGGAUGCCUACUGCUCUGAUUGCCGAGAGGUGUUGGGUUGGAAAUAUUUACGAGCUUACGAUAGAACACAAAAAUACAAGGAAGGGAAAUUCGUUCUUGAGAAGUCGAGAAUCGUCAAAGAAAAUUGGUAGCAUCCAUCAGCACACCGGUUCUCUCCAAGCAAAUCUUUUGUUCUUGAAUAGUAUUGUUGUAUAUGAUUACAAAGUGUGUUUCUUGUUCAUCGUUCUUGAUGCAAAAACGAAAAACCUCAAGAAAUAUUGUACAACUUCAUGAAUAUUAUGUUUUUCAUGUAAAAUACUCGGUAAUUUGUUGGUGAUU